GUCGACGGUCUCCGCGCGGGUGGUGGUGGUGGCGGUGGUGGCGGCGUGGAAAUCGAGGUGCUGGAUAGUGCCGACGGUCUCCGCACGGAUGUUAGUGGUGGCGGUGAUAAAAUGCGCGACCCCACAGCCGUGUCUGUUCCGACGAGGGAGGCGCUGUUGCGGCUCGAGCCUGCCUCAGCCUUGCUAAAGAGAGCACCGAGAACACCCCUACCGCCCCGGGCGCGGCGACUGAUGCCCUCGGGCAUGGGCGCGGCGAACGAUGUAGCUGAGGCGGUGACAAGCGCCACGGCAAUGGUGGUGGUGAGGGAGAGCUUCAUUGCGAGCGUAGAAUAG